AUGAACAAUUCAACACCAAACAAUGUAUCAUCAUCUUCAACUUCCAUCAAUCCCGCCUCCAAUGUACAAUCUCCUCAAACAACCAUGAACAAUUUAGAUCCGAAUAUAAAUAAUAGCAAUAAUAAUAAUAAUAAUAACAGCAUGUUGGGAAUGCUUUCUUCAUCAUCAGACCAAAUCAUGGGAGGAGCAACACCUUCAUUCAAUAAUCAAUCUCAAAUUUUACUGGGAAAUUCAGGGAAUGGACCUCCCCUUGGUCAUCAAAUUCUCCAACUUCUCAACGCUGAUCCGAAUAUUCUAAACAAUCCUUUUGUGAGGAAGUUAAUGAGUUCUAGCAGUGGAAUGAAUGCCAUGAUGCAGCCUGCAAGUAACAACAUGAUGAUGACGGGUGGAGGCGGUACAUUAUCAAACACCCUGCAACAGCAACAACAACAAAAUAAUAACAUGAUGAUGAUGGCAAGCGGAAGCGGUGAUGGAAUGAACAAUAAUUCACAACAAUCAGGAGGAAAUAUGCAAGAAGACGUUCUUUCAAGUCAAUUGUCACAAAUGUUUAAUCCUUCAUCGUCAACAGGACCCAAUCUUCAAAUGAUGAUGGGAGGAAUGAUGCCAAAUAGAAAUACCUUACCUGGUACACCAGGUUCACAAAUGACCGUUGCAUCAACUCCUGGAACACCUGGAAGCAGUAAUAUGCCAACAAGCGCUUCGGGAUGGACUCAAAAAGAGGUGGACUACUUGAGAAUGCUCAUUGCAAACAAUCAGGAUUCCCUUGACGGUCUUCGACAAUAUUUUCCAAAGAGAUCGCCACAAGACAUCCAAAACAAGAUUCAACAACUCUUGGCAGAAUCAAAACAAAUGAAUAAUUCGGGCACUGCUGGUUCAUCAUCGUCAUCAUCAACACCCACAACCGCAAUGAACACUUCGACCGCUGCUCUAAAGAGAGGAAGUUUUUCAAUGCCAUCACCAGGUGGUGAUCCACAACAAAAGAAACUUAAAACUGAUUCUCCAGUGAAUGCAAAACCUUCUUCAUCAUCAACUUUUACAACGACUCCAGCUUCUCCUUCCUCAUCUGUCACCAACAACCAACAACAACUGAACAAUAAUACCACAAGCAACAAACCAUCAUCUCUCACUCAACAAGUCAACAAUCCAACACCUCCAUCAAAUCAACCAAUGACGACGAGUACUUCAAUGAAUUCAGCUCUAUCCGAAAAGUAUAUUCAAAAUUUGCUAAAUCAAAAUUCGGUAUUGAUGACAGAAAUCAAGAAUAAUUUAGAAAAGAAGACAAUAUCAGCAAAUAUUCCUCUCAUUGCUAAAUUCAGAGAAAAUACAAUACAAAUUCUUACUUGCAUGUCCAUGAUGGAUGGAAUAAUGAGUCAAAUGCCUGCAAUACCUGUCAAACUCAGCACCAUUGUCAUACCAAAAGUUAACCCGCAACAGAUGAUGCCACAACAGCAACAACCAUCACAUAUGAAUCUCCAGCAACAACCACAAUCACAACCAUCGCAGCAACAACAAUCAACCAACCUUACCAGCAAUGCAUCAAAUCCCAACACAGGCAUGUUUCAAAAUAAUCUCAACGCCACUGUCACGCAAGGUAACGCUCCUUCAUUUGCAAAUCAGAAGAAGAUAUAA